AUGGCGGAGCUCCUUGAAAUGAAGGAGGCGAUUGUUUCUUAUUUGGACCGAAGUGGGGGCCUUAUUCAGUUUGUGGAAGACUGUAAACGUUACAACGACUCUCCACAGAGUGAGGCAGUGUAUCGUUUCUGCAUACGGGUGAAUCCCACUGAUCUGAUUGAGUUGGAUGCUUGGCUGGCGGACUGCCUAUUACAUGAUCCAUUCAGAGCCACUGCCCUCUUUCAGUCUGUGUGCUUUCUGUCAAUCAAGACAUUAUCACUCAUUGAAAAUAUACACACGGAAAACCAGGUGAAUGUUGUAUUGAAGCUGACGCACUUGCCGCCAUUUCCUGAGUAUUUCCUGGACCUCUGCAAGUUCCCACGUGGGUAUGGCCCCAUGCGGCCCGUCGCCAUGGAGGGCCUCACGGUCGCCAUGACGCGCAUCACCAAGUACACUCAGGGGGCUAGGUUCCUCUGCACCGACGACGGCUGCCCCUUUUCCAGAGCAGGGCUCCUCUCUGUCCCAGGCUUCCACCACAUCAGAGUGCACGCCCCAGGAGCCACGGAGUCCGUCACAGUGAGGAGCGGCUUCACCUGUGCGCUCUGCUCCACGCCUCUCAAAGAGGACGUCAAGUUCAGAGUGCUGGGGGACAAGCAGCUGGUGGAGAUGGUCCCAGCCCAGGCACUGGAUGUGCUCAGUGUUCACACGCCCUGCUCCUUCAGGUACCAGUCUGUGACCUUGUUCCUCAGAGAUGAACUGUGCAACUCCAUGAGAAUGGGCCGGCUCUACAGGGUGGUUGGGAUACCAGCGCAUGUACACCAGUGGCCAAACAUCACCUGGAGCGUAGAGGCCAACACCGUUGAGCCUUGGACACCAGAACACCCCAGCUUUGUGAGCAGUAACUUCCAGGCUCUGCUAGCAGCCUCCGCCUGCUCCCCCUGGAGGUUCACUGCCAUCCUGGCCAACACGUUCGGGUCACCGGUGGUUCCACCGGGCCUGUACAGCACCCUGAAGCUGGCCCUGCUGCUGAGCCUGGUCCAGACCAGUGAGGAUGACCCAGACUCGCUGAACUACCUGGAUGUCUUGGCACUGACCAAUGACACUCUCAUAAUAGAAAGGCUAAUGGCCUAUAGCCUGGGACUGGCGGGUCGGGGGAUACGGCACCAGGUGACGGGGGAGCUGUUUGCAUCCCUGUCCAGAGACGAGCAUGGGACAGGGGCCGCCAACGUGCACGCAGGCUCUGCCCUGCUGGCCAGCGGGGGCGUUUGCCUGCUGGGGGACCUGGCCUCCUACAGGAAGGACAAGAUGGAGGCGCUGCAGUCAGCUCUGGAGACCAGGACCGCGGCCCUGUUCAUCCCAGGGAAGAAGUACGGAGAGGACGCCGACCAGCAGCUCUCCUUUCCCAUCCAGUGCAACUUCUGGGCUCUGGGCGACAUCACCGCGGGCACAAAGAGGUCCCUCAUCUGUGACAGCGCUAUUCUGGGGACAGCGGAAAUGGGAUCGGUUCCUGCCCAGGUCGCUGAGGCCUUUAGCCUGCUGGUCCAGUGUCGUGACGUGGGCAGGGAUCGUGCUCUACUGCCCCUAGUGGUCCACACCCUGAGGCUGGCUGUUCGGCCUGGGGAGCCCCUCUACCCCGCCUGCAUGCAGUUUACCACACGGGACUACCAGGAGCUCUUGGCUCAGGCGCGGGGCCUGCAGGUGGUCCUGAGCCCUGAGGCAGAGAAGCUGAUUCACGGAUACUACAUGGCCAGCCGCAGGGUGCGCUCAGACUCCACACAGGGCUCCUCGCUGUCUGUGGCCUCUGUCAGACACCUGGUUUCCCUGGCCGAGGCUCACAGCAAGCUGAGUCUCAGGAGAGUGGUGCUAGAGGAGGAUGCGGUGGUGGCGGUGCUGCUGUGUGAGAACUCUGUUACCCUGAAGCACGGUGCCUCAGCGCUCGUUAUCCCUCCCGACGCCCUGUUUCCGUGUGACCUGCGCGACCUGGACUCCCUGCACAGGAGAGACCUGACCUUGGAGCAGCUCCACCAGCAGAUCCUGCAGUUCGUGUUCGCCUACGCACCCGGGGCGGCAGGCUACAUCACUGAGGAAUAGAGCAGCCAAGAACACCCCGCACAGGUCGUCCUCUGCUUCCGAGGCUGUUGGUCUGGACCACCCUGGAGCGGGACAGGGCCUCUGUUCGCCGCCUGUCCGAGGACACCGUGUCAGGACUGGGGCUGGAGUUCGGGCUGGACGCAGGACUCUCAUCCAUUAUCG